GGAUAUCACAAAAAACUGCGUCUCCCGUCAUAAUUUUUCUGUUUCCAAAGCUUCGAAAACGAGCCACAACACGCGCACACGAUCGAUCGAACGUUUUUCCUAACCCAGAAACAGCAGCAACAACGACAACAGCAUGUGCAACACCACCGUCCAUCCCCCCGCCGUCGGAGCCGGUUCGACCCAUUCCGCCUCCUCCACGAGUUCCCAGCAGUCCCACUCGCACUCGUACUCCCACGAGUCGACGGGCAAGCUCGUCAGCAUCACCGUCCGCAAGGAAAACCCCAACGACAAGGCGGGUAUCCAGCUGGAGCAGGACAAGUACGGCACCGUCCACGUGACGAACAUCGCGAAGAACGGGCUCUUCGGGAACUCCCAGCUGGAAAUCGGCGACACCAUCCUGAGCGUGAACAGGAGGCGCCUGAGCAAGGGAGAGGGCCCGAAGGAAAUCCUCAGGGCGGUGCACAAGUACAAGACGAUUUCGAUCUCCAUUCGAAAGGCACCUCCCAAGGGAGCCCCGCUGGUGGGACGCAAAAAAGACAAGAAAAAGAACCAAGAGAAAGACAACAACCGGGCGAAAAUCGAUACGUACUACAGGGGAUGCUCCAAGUACAAGGAGGACGGGAGUAUCAACGUGCAAUACGAUGAGGACAGCGCCGACGACGAGAAAAAGAUGCCAACCAUCACCAUUUCGGCCCAGAAGGGCUGUCCCUCCAACUGCACCAACGAAGAAAGCAAACCUGGCAACCGACGGACUUCGAGCAGCUCGCGGAGCACGACCCCCAAAAAACGACGCAGCCUCCCGAGCGAGGUCGGCCUGGUGGGCCUCGAACUGGCCGCGGAGGGCAAAAACAGGCUCGUGGUCCGGGAGAUCCAACCAAAGUCGAUCUUCAGGGGCACCAAGCUCCGUGUGGGAGACCGCAUCCUGAGCAUCAACGACAUGUCGUUCCGCCAGUACAUCGACGCCGAGUACGCCCAGUCUGUCAUGGACAACGCCCCGUUCAUGGUCACGCUGGUCAUCGAAAAGCCAGAGCUCCGCCGCGGGAGCCGGAAGAAAGAAGAACUAGACCACAGCGAGGGCCAGAGCGAUGAGGACGAGUUCGGCAGGGACACGCCCCUUUCCAAAUACGAGCUCAAGAUUGAAACGGACUUCCUGAUCGAAACCUACCGCCCGGCCACGAUUACUGCCCCCAAGAGCCGCAGGAGCCAGGACUCGGGGCUGACCUUCAAGCUGGUCCGGACGACCCGGCCCUUCGGGAAGGACAAGAAGGGGAGCAGUGCCAUGCGAAAAAAGAAGGCCACCUGGGUAUACGUCGACAAGAUCGACCCCGAUUCCCUCUUCGCCAAGACGUCCCUGGAAGUCGGUGACAAGAUCAUUAGCAUCAACAACAUCGACCUGCGCCACACACCCGAUCCGAACCUGGCCUACCUGACGUGCAGUAGGUCCACCGAAAGCAUCGCCCUCGUCGUUUUGAAGGACGAAAAAGUUUUCAAGGAAAAGAAAUUGUGCUUCGAUAAAUCCAUCACGAACCUCGAGUGGAAGGUUUAGAACAGAAUCCGACUGUUGCUAUUGCCAAGCAUGUGGCAGAGCACCAAUUUUUGAACGACACAAGAACCAUACUACUACAGAUACAUACAAAGAUAUAAAAAAUAUAAAAAAUAGUGCCAUCUUCUUUCAAGAGUCGAAAGAUCUACUCAUAAACUAUUAUAAGUAAA